AGCAACAGUAUUGUUUACCCUAGCAACGGGCUGCUCUUGUCGUUUUUUUUUACUGGUGAAGAACAAGAACUCGGAUAGCUAGCAUACCCCCGAUUUUGGAAGUUUUAACGUUUUGGAAAAGUGUUGAUAAACAACCUAAACUUAACCACGAUACUGGUGCGUAUUGGGUGUUAGCAAUCUGUUUUCACCACAGGACCGUUUUUUGUUGUUGAGUUGUUAGGAACGCAAGAAAAAUGUCAGAGGGAGCACUGAACAACCAACGGGAGCACACGGCGAUCUGCUUCAAGGCCUUCAUGCUCAAGAAUAGUACAAAAAGCAAUCUCAACCUCUAUGACCAUCUUUCACGAUUACUGACCAAGGUGAUGGAUGAGCGUCCAGAAAAUGUGGUUGACAUAAUUGAAGACAUGAGCCGUGAGGUGAAGCAGGAAUUGCUGCAGGACAAGCAGAGCACCUUGAGAGACAUGCCACUGGCAACGGCUGCACAGCUCCUGGCUGAGCAGCAGAGGUUACUGUUUUCACGCAGAGGGGGUGAUGAUGGAGAACAAGAGGAGGAACUGGUAGAAACACCGCUCCCCAAUGUGAGUGAGCUUGGCUUCUUCCUGGAGCAGGCUGGAGUGGGACUGGGUAGAGAGGAGAUGCUGAGGGUCUUCCUGGCACUCAAGCAGCUGGUGGAUUCCCAACCGCUAGUGCGCUGCCGACUUUGGGGCAAAAUCCUGGGCACAGAGGGCAACUAUCUUGUUGCUGAGUGCGAGUACAGAGAGGGGGAAGAGGAGGAAGAGGGUAAUGAGGAAACAGUGGAAGAUGAGGAAAGAGAUGGAGAACCUCGGGAUGAUGAUGAGGAAGCUGAUGUGGUGGAAGUGAUUGAUACGCUCCCAAGAUCCACCUUCAAGCCCCCGCCUGUGGUGCCAAAGGAGGAGAAUCGCACAGGUGUGAACAAGUUUACUUACUUUGUGUGCAGAGAGCCUGGCCUUCCCUGGGUGAAGCUGCCCACUGUCACUCCCACCCAGAUCACAGCCGCACGCCACAUCCGCAAAUUCUUCACAGGGAGACUGGAUGCCCCCAUCAUCAGCUAUCCUCCUUUUCCUGGCAAUGAGGCCAACUAUUUGCGAGCCCAAAUUGCUCGCAUCUCUGCCGGCACACAGGUCAGUCCCCUCGGAUUCUAUCAGUUUGCAGAGGAGGAAGGUGAGGAGGAAGAGGAGGGAGCCCGAGACAGCUUUGAAGAGAAUUCUGACUUUGAGGGAAUUCCUGUUCCUGAAAUGGCAGAAUCUCUAUCCACCUGGGUGCAUCAUGUCCAGCACAUCCUUCAACAGGGUCGCUGUGUGUGGGUGAACCUGGCUGACAAGCCUGAGGAUGACUUUGAGGAGGAAGCAGAUGAAGAGGAGAAGGAGGAGGAGCCUGAUGAGCCUGAUCCAGAGGUGGGGCCUCCCCUCCUCACUCCACUCUCUGAGGAUGCAGAGACUACCAACACCCCUCCCUGGAGCUCCAAGAUGUCCUCCACCCUCAUCCCUCAGUUUGCUAUUGCAGUGCUGCGCUCAAACCUCUGGCCAGGGGCUUAUACUUAUGCCAGUGGAAAGAAGUUUGAGAACAUCUACAUUGGCUGGGGCCUGAAAUUUGCAGGGGAAGGGUACAUCCCAACUGUUCCAACAAUGCCCCAGAGAGAAUACCCCAGUGGGCCAGAGAUCACAGAGUCCCUGGACCCCAGUCUGGAAGAAGAGCAGGCCCUGAAAGCAACCCUGGAGGAGCAGAGGGCUGCCCAAGAAGAGACAGAGGGCCUGGGUGAAGACGAAGAGGAGGAGGAAGAAGAGGAUGUUUAAAGAUUACUUUGUAGUUAACAAACACUACAUUACAAAAUAGGCAACAUUUACUGUUGACUAAAGCCCUAGGGCUCCAUUCAAUCCACGUCGCAAAUUUCAGCUUUACAGCGUGAUAGACAUUUAAAAGCAAUGUUCCGGCUUUAGCUGAGACUGCAUUCAUAGCAAAUGCCGCAUCUGUCGGCUCAAAAUUACCUUUACAUUUCUACUGCGGAAUCUGUAACGCUUCAGCGAUAGAUUAAAUAGAGCCCUUAAUUUAUUAAGAACAAAUAAAACAAUUCGUACAGCAAUGUCCACUGAGAGAA